AUGUAUAGUUGUGGAAUACGGUAUUUUUUUGUAGUAGAAAUUAUUGAUACGAGUGAUUACUAUUACAAAGCUGGUUUUGUACGACAAAAUUCAAUGGGUGCUUUUCUUGAUAAACCUAAAACAGACAAAAACAACGAUCAAGGAGUUGCACAUGGCACUCGUUAUGCUGUGGCUUCAAUGCAAGGUUGGCGUAUUGAUAUGGAGGAUGCACACGUUGUUGAAAUUUCCAUGUCGAAUGAGCCGCCAUUUCUUAAUUGGUCAUUUUACGGUGUUUUUGAUGGUCAUGCUGGUAAUAAGGCUGCCCAACAUUCAGCAGAGAAUUUGUUGAAAACGUUGCUUGCAACAUCUCAAUUUGCCCAGAUCGUUCAAAGACUAAAUCGUUGUCCUGGAGUAAUGGAUGCAACAACACUGUCACUUCUAGAAGAAGGUAUAAAAGAAGGUUUUCUUACAUUAGAUUGUAAACUGCGUGAAAGACAUGAAUCUGAUGAAGACAAUGAACGCAGUGGGACAACUGCUAUAUGUGCCAUUGUUACUCCAUCUCACAUCAUCCUCGCGAACUUAGGGGAUUCUCGCGCUGUUAUUUCACGAAAAAAUCAAACGGCGUUUGGGACUGAAGAUCAUAAACCGUUUCUUCCAAAAGAGCGUGAUCGUAUCGUUAACGCUGGUGGUUCAGUGAUGAUUCAGCGUGUCAAUGGUAGCUUAGCAGUCUCAAGGGCACUCGGUGACUUUGAAUAUAAAGCUGUCCCUGGUUUGGAAGCUACGAAGCAGUUGGUUAGCCCAGAGCCAGACAUAUAUACUAUCGUGAGAGAUCAGGCAGUGGAUGAGUUCUUAUUGCUUGCUUGUGAUGGUGUUUAUGAUGUUAUGGAAAACACUGAAAUUUGUAGUUUUGUGGAAUCGCGACUACUUGUAACCAGUGAUCUCUCAAGUGUUGCUAAUCAGGUUCUGGAUGCUUGCUUAUCAAAAGGUUCGCGGGAUAACAUGACAAUUAUACUUGUUUGUUUUGAUGCAGCCCCCAAAGUAGAUCCAUUAGCAGUUAAGAAAGAAGAAGAAUGGAAGCAUAAAAUCCAUCAUCGCAUUCAAGAGAUUUUCAAAGAGCGCGGAAGAAAACAGUACCUAGAUGCGGAAGUAAUAAUGCGAGAAUUGGGUGCAGAAGUAUCCGAUGCUUGUCCAGCAGGCACCAACAUACAUGCAGCGCGAUCAUUUAUUGACAACAUUUUGGCAGAACGUGAUGCCGACGAUAAAGAAAGCAAUGAAAGGGAAGUCUCACCUUCGGAGUCAGCAUCAUCUUCUGAAGAAUAG